AUUGAUUUGCUCUCAGCAAAUAUUGUCAAUCGGAUAUGCCGUAGUUUGAUUCUGCUUUAUAGGCUAUUCAGACAGAAUAUAAUGUGUAAUAUAUAUAUAUGAUGUUACGUAUAGUUGCCAAUGGGAGUACCGGGUUUGAUAUCACGGCAGGGACAGCGGAGCUUAUCUACCUGAGAUAAUAUAUUUCUUAUAUAUCAGUAGCUUGUGUUCAUCCAAUAAUGUCUAACACACAUGCAUGAAUUUUUAUCAACGUCCAGCUUGUGUUUGUCCAUCUGUCCCUAUCGGUAGCCGAUAUCUGUGGGAAAGGGGACCAACAAAACUACGUAUGUUGAACUACGUUUCCUACAGUCAAUCAGCUUGGGGCCAUAAAACUUGUACGGAGUUCAAUUUCGAGCUGUUCGAUAUAAAAUCUUUGCACUUGCCCUAAAAAUGUAAAUGGUAUUCGGUUAGGAAAAAAACUAUCAGGCGUAUGUAAUUAAUGCGGCUUGCAAUGUGCGCACUUGGCAAUGGAAUUUUACGAAUAUCUUGUACGAUCAUUGUGUCUUAACGUAACGCAGUGAAAAUAUUUGUAGGUGGUGCGGUUGUUUUGUGAGAAAUUUUUUAUACAAACCUUAUUGUUAAUUUUCAACAAUUGCUAUUUAUGCUACUGCUGAUUAUUAUUAGUUUUUUAAAAUGAAAAGUGAAUUUUGAAGCCGGUUGAAAUUUUUGUGAAUCAUUAUAUGAAUUUUUAUAAUUGAGGGUAGAGAUUAGUAAGAAUAGUCUAUGAAUUUCCUUUGAGGGUCACAUCGGGCCGCAUACUGGCUACGAUCUAAAAAUAUCAAAAGUCAAACAAGCCGAGUACGGACUAAUAAACAGAUCAUAAAUAUUAGAAUUGCUCCUGGUCGGAAUGAAAUAAACCAGCACUUUUAACUUUGGGAAUACUUCAAAGGAACAAUGUAUACGGGCGCAGUAGUUCUCUUAGCUGUGAGCUUAAGUAUUGCUGUCAUUGCUGUUCCUAGACAGGAAUCUGAGUUUCCCAUUCUAUCAUUACUGACGUACUGGUCAGAAGCAGAGAGUCAACACAAUUUAGAAACUUUGGAUUUUGGUGCUAGUAAAGAACUAGUUGAUGGCAGUAAUAUAAAUACACGAGGGAAUGUAAUACAGGCACGUGCUGGUCGAAAGAUACAUCUUAAAUGUCAAUAUACAGCGCAUCAUUCAUCGCAUCGACAAUUACAGUGGCAUUAUUUGCCUUGUGGAUCUGGACAUAAUCAAACUUCAUGUAAAGUCGUGAGAAGUGCGCUGACUACUGACACUGAAUGGCAACUGGUACAAAAUCAAAACCAUCUUGGUGAACUAGUUUUAGAAUCGCCUACGAAGGCUGAUAGCGGUUUGUACAAGUGUACCACGAUACGUCACGACCGUACUUUUAAGGUAGUGCGCAUGUUCCAGCUUGAAAUAAUUGAUGGUACAGUAUAUCGACCAGAAAUAGUAGAAGGACCUUGGAAUGUCAGUGUUCCAUGCUGUGGUGAACAAAAAGUAUCAUUGCAAUGCCGGGUGCGUUCCAGUAUCCAUCCGAACGUUGUUUGGUUUCGAAAAUUCAGUAGUGUCCCUAAAUCGAAUGAAGAGAAUGCGAUAACAUAUCGAGAUGCCGUUUGGAAAAUGUUGCCGAGUAAUCAAAUAUAUUUAGGUAAUCAAUUAUACUUGUCAAAAUUAAGUUUUGAUCGGCCAGCUACUGAAGACACUGGCUACUAUGCGUGUUUGGCAAUUAAUUAUAAAGGGUGGACCAUGCAGGGUGCUGAAUUAACAGUGUAUCUUCCAUUGAGUUUUACGCCACUUAGUAAUUCCAGUCGUAACGAAGAUUGGGGAAGAUUUCGAUUUUCUGGUCUCUUCUUGAUACCGGCGUGUCUUGCUCUUGUGCCCGCUUCGGCAUGGCUUUGUUAUUUGUAUCAUAAACUUCGGAACAAGCAUACCACGCCGUUUAUUAGUUGAAUCUAGCUAAUAUAUAGGUACCUGAACUUAAAAAUAUCGAUAGCUAUGUUGGCUUUUCAUAAAUUAUUGAAAACUGGCAGUUAUUUCCAAUUGAACGUACUACAGGGAACUCUGAGAUUAACUGUAGUGAAGGCAUAUCUGUGAUACUUUUUAAUGAAUGGAUUAUUGUGGAUUUGUAUUUUUAUUAAGAAUAAAGGUUACUUCAUGUACGUUAAUAAAGAGUACUGUAAUUAAUGCAGUGUUACGAUACAAAA